AGAAAAUCAGCAUCCAAAUACUCGUGGUCGUCGUCAACUCCUCUCCCCAUCAGCUCCUCAUCAAACGUUGUCCAAGUAAUUUACAAGAAAUCUUCCACUCCACCCACAGAGCAGCCUACUUUGGAUUCUAUUUGUUUUGUCGACGUUCUGUCUUUCUUGUGGGCGCUUUUUUGUGAAGGCAAGCUUUUAUCAUUUAAUUCAUUGACUAAUUGCUAAUUAAAGCUAGGUUAGCAAAGAUAUCAUUGAAGUUAUAAUUUUUUAUUCAUUUGUUUAUUUUGUAGUAAUUUACAAGCAAUCUUCUCCACCCACAGAGCAGCCUACUUUGGAUUCUAUUUUUGUUGUUGUUGGUGUGUUGUUGUUGGUCCUUCGUCUCCCUCCUCAAUCCCAGUUCUUGGUGGGCGUUGUUUCUUGAGGUCAAGAUGGGAAAGUUUAACCAUAAAGUGAUUGUGACUGGACUCCCAUUUGGGAGUGCCUUCACUUUGUCGGUUCCUGGUGGUUCCGGUGGAAAGCGUGGCGGUGGUUCCGGCGGUGGAAAGCGUGGCGGUAGUGCCGGUGGGGGGAAGCCUGGUGGAAACAAGGAUAAGAAAAAGAAGAAACAGAGAUGUUGGCGAUGCAAGGAAAGAGGCCAUCCAGGAAAGGAAUGCAAAUACUCAGAAGAAGAGGCUGCUGCCAAGAAGGCAGAAUUUUCUAAGAAAAAAGAAGAGAACGCUUCGACUUCUUCUUCUACUACUUCUGCUGAGGCUGUCAAGCCACCAUUUCCAGGGUGGAAGCCAGGAUGCGUUGUGCCCCCUCCCCCCACCCAUACUAAUGAUGUUGACAUGUAGUUUCGUACUUUUUUUUAUAUUAAAUUCAUCUGUUCGAUUA